AUGGCAAAUAAAUUCGUCCCUUUCUUACUCCCUCUACUUAUUAUUCACCCCGUCUCGGGGCAGAACCCUCAGGCACAUGGCGAGUAUAAUAUAGAGCACCCAAAUCUGCCAACCAUGCUUGAAAAUGGAUCAGUAUCGGAGGAUUCGUUUUGGGAAGAUUUUCAAUAUGAAUCUUAUGAGGACUUUGCAAGCAAAUGGAUAACCCCAAAGCCUCAAGUUGAAGGGAAUGAUUUCGAAUAUUAUCCCGGCCAAUGGAGGCUAGAAGAGGCUUAUUUAGUACCUGGGUUCCGCAAGGAUUUGUCCCUAGUUCUUGGGAGUUCCGAACAGCGCUCUUUAAUUGCACGCAAAUUACCAAAAGUGAUUUCUACAAAUCAAAAUGCUACUCUAGUAAUCCAGUAUGAGGUAAAGCUUCAGAAAAAACUUGAAUGCGGAGGCGCAUACAUGAAGCUGUAUCCUCCUACUGAUAAGGACUUGACUACGUACAACUUCUCAACUCCAUUUGAACUUGUGUUUGGGCCUGAUUCUUGUCAACCUUACACAAAUGAAGUGCGCUUGGUCUUGAAACGAACAAAUCCGAUAACAGGGCUUUCUCAAGAAAAGUACUUGCAAGGUGCCCCGCAAUCGAAGUUGAAUUCGCCUUUGUCACACUUGUAUACCUUGAUCUUGGAUGCAGAGAACCAAUAUUAUGAGAUUCGAAUUGAUGGCAAAGUAAACAAGUCUGGUAGUCUACUGCAAGAGGGGUUGUUUGAUCCCCCACUCAGCCCACCUAAGACCAUACCAGAUUCACAAAGUUUCAAACCAGAUGCCUGGGACGAUCGCCCAAUGAUUCCGGACCCUGAUGCAAAAAAACCUGAAGACUGGAAUGAAGACGAACCAUUACAUAUCCCAGACCCUAAACGCACCAAACCUGUUGAGUGGGAUGAGUCAAUUCCUGAAUAUAUUAUUGAUACACAAGCUCAAAAGCCACUAUGGUGGAACGAGGAAAAAGAUGGCAAGUGGGUACCCCCCUCAAUUAAAAAUCCGUCAUGCCAUUCUCCGCAAGGUUGUGGUAAGUGGAAGCCACGAUUAGUGAAGAAUCCUAAGUAUCGAGGGCACUGGAAUCCACCACAAAUCCCAAACCCAAACUAUCAAGGUGAAUGGAAACCUAAAAUGAUUGAUAAUCCUGAUUACUUUUUCGAUGAAACACCUGCAUUACUAGAAAAUGACAUCGGGAUCAUUGUGUUUGACCUGUGGAGUACAUCGACUGAUACUCUUUUCGACAAUAUUUACGUAGGGCACUCCGUCGAAGAAGCCGAGAAAUUAGGGAAUAUGACUUUUUUACCCAAAUUGCGACUAGAAAAAAAAGAGCUGAAAAUGCAAGAACCUGAAGUUCAGGGAAUCAGCAAACCAACAAUGCCUGAAAGCGGAACUUCGGGCAAUUUAUUUGAUAUCCUCUUCGAAAAGGUAUUAUCUGGGUUCUCACUACUCGAUGACCUUGUAAAGGGGAUAAUAUUUGGAAUUGGGCUUCUAAUUGUGGUAGCAUUAACUGCUAUUGUGCUAAUCAAGAUUAUGUUGAUGACCCCUGACAGCGAGUCUGCAAAAGUUGCGCAAAGACCCAGCAAGAUCUCUAAGGCUGCUGAAAAGACGCAGAAGGUCGAGCCACUGUCUGAGAAGAGUGCAGGGAAGAGUUUGAGGUCCUCAAAUGCCGGCGCUGUUGAGAACAACGCCCACUCCACUGGCUCAGUCUUGGAUGAGGAACCAGAGGGCUCGACGCUUCUUUCAAGAAAAGUUAUACCACUGAAAUCUGAUGAAGAUUACGAAGAAGAGCUGGAGAUCUCCGUGCUUGAAGAGAAUGAUGACGAUCGCAAAUGA